CUGGCGGCGGCGGUGGGUGGGGGUGCCGGACGCUGGGUGCCGCGGCCCCCGAGCGCCCAUCCCGGCACGGAGGCGGCCGCCAGCGCCCGGGGCCCGCGGCAGCCCCGACACGGGCUGCCUCACGGUAGAACAUGAGCAGGUAAUGCACAAGGAGCACCACUGGGAAUCAUGUCAGACGAGUCAAUCUCAGGGAGUGAUCCGGACCUGGACCCGGACUUGGAGCAGGAGGAUAUGGAAGAGGAGGAGGAGGAAGAUGAGGAGGAGGCGAUGGAGGAGGACAAUGAUGGGGAUGACGAGGAGGACUUACUUGACGAGAGUGACCAACCCCAGGAAGCCGUGUUCAGCGGUGAGCAUGUUGAACAGGCGGAGGAUGGAGAAUGGCAGCGCUGUACUUCAACUACCUCAUCUCAGAGUGAGCGGGCAGAGCGACUCUUGCAGAACCAGCACAAGAGCCUGGCCUCUGAGGACACCAAAAAGAAGAGGGCUCAGAAACCGUCUCACAUGCGGAGGAACAUAAGAAAGCUGUUGCGUGAGGACCAAUUGGAAGAUGUGACAAAAGCAGCCCAGCAAGAAGAGUUAGAGAGAAGGAAGCGACUAGAGCAGCAGAGGAAGGAUUAUCCAGCCACUAUCCCAACUGUACCCCUAGAGUUUCUUUCUGAGGACAUCGUUUUCAGAACAGCAGAGGCCACCCAGCUGCCCCCUCAGGUCCUGGCUGAGGAAGUGAUCUGCCUAGACAGUACCAGCAGUGGCAGCGAAGAUGAUGCUAAGGAGAAAAACAGCAUUAAAGAUGAAGUGAUUGAGCUGAGUUCAGGAGAGGAUGAUGCCCUCCAAAUUGUGGACAGCAGUGACUCUGGCAAUGAAGGGGAGGAAGACGGCAGUGAAGAGAGCAGCGGCUCUCACGUGAAUGAUGCCUUAAAUCAGUCAGAUGCUCUGGGGCAAGUCAUUGUCAACAUCAAUCACCCACCAAACGAAGAGGACAUUUUCCUGGCUCCCCAGCUCGCAUACGCAGUAAAACCUCAUCAGAUUGGUGGGAUUCGAUUCCUGUAUGACAACUUGGUCGAGUCCUUGGAGCGAUUUAAAACCAGCAGCGGGUUUGGGUGUAUUUUGGCACAUAGCAUGGGCCUGGGCAAGACCCUACAGGUCAUCUCCUUCUUGGAUGUACUGUUUCGGCACACAGAGGCAAAGACGGUUCUUGCCAUUGUACCCGUGAAUACACUCCAAAACUGGCUAGCAGAAUUCAACAUGUGGCUCCCGGCACCUGAAAACCUUCCUGCUGAUUAUAACUCCAAAGAGGUCCAGCCUCGCACCUUCAAAGUCCAUAUCCUGAAUGAUGAACACAAGACAACAGCUGCGCGUGCAAAGGUGGUGAAUGACUGGGUGACAGAGGGUGGUGUGUUGCUGAUGGGAUAUGAGAUGUACCGUCUCCUCUCACUGAAGAAGUCCUUUGCCACUGGAAGAAAGAAGAGAACAAAGAAACAAACUGGCCCUGUCAUUAUUGACUUGGAUGAGGAAGACCGGCAGCAAGAGCUUCUGAAAGGGAUUGAGAAAGCUUUGUCUCGCCCUGGCCCAGAUGUGGUUAUUUGUGAUGAGGGACAUCGGAUAAAGAACUGCCAUGCCAGCACUUCACAGGCCCUGAAGAACAUCCGCUCCCGCCGGCGGGUGGUGCUGACAGGCUACCCCCUCCAGAACAACCUCAUUGAGUAUUGGUGCAUGGUAGACUUUGUCCGACCUGACUUUCUUGGCUCACGGCAGGAAUUCAGCAACAUGUUUGAGCGCCCUAUCCUGAACGGGCAGUGUAUUGACAGCACGCCUCAAGAUGUCCGUCUCAUGAGGUAUCGCAGUCACGUCCUGCAUAGCCUGCUGGAAGGCUUUGUGCAGCGGCGAGGCCACAAUGUGCUGAAGGUUCAGCUCCCCUCUAAGGAAGAACACGUCAUUUUGGUACGGCUGUCAAAGAUCCAGCGGGCCCUUUAUACAGAGUUCAUGAACCGGUUCCGAGAUGCAGGCAACAGCGGCUGGCUGGGACUGAACCCCCUCAAAGCUUUCUGUGUCUGUUGUAAGAUCUGGAACCAUCCAGAUGUGUUAUAUGAAGCUCUGCAAAAGGAGAAUCUAGCAAACGAGCAGGAUUUGGAUGUGGAUGACCUGGGUGCAGCAAGUACUAAUUCCCGCUGCCAGUCUCAGGGAAUUAAAGUCAAAACAGAGAGCAAUGCUUUGGCAUCACCAGUUGGAGAAGCUACCAAUAGCAAGUUCCUCCAGAGUGUUGGCUUCAACCCUUUUCAGGAGAGAGCAAAUCAGGUCGUUACGUAUGAGUGGGCCAAAGACAUCUUGUGUGAUUACCAGACGGGAGUCUUGGAGAACUCACCCAAGAUGGUGUUACUGUUCCAUCUAAUUGAGGAAAGUGUGAAGCUUGGAGACAAGAUCUUGGUCUUCAGCCAGAGCUUGUCCACAUUGUCUGUCAUUGAAGAGUUCUUGGCAAAGAGACCAAUGCCGAGUCCUCCAGGCUCAGAUGGAGGAGUUCACAACUGGGUCCGGAACAUCAACUAUUACAGACUGGAUGGCAGCACAUCUGCGUCGGAAAGGGAGCGACUGAUUAACCAGUUCAAUGAUCCCGGCAACACCUCGGUUUGGCUCUUCCUUUUGUCCACACGUGCUGGGUGUUUGGGUGUCAACCUCAUUGGAGCAAACAGAGUGGUGGUGUUUGAUGCUUCUUGGAACCCGUGCCAUGACGCCCAGGCCGUGUGUCGAGUGUACCGCUACGGGCAGAAGAAGCCGUGCCAUAUUUACAGAUUGGUUUCUGAUUACACCCUUGAGAAGAAGAUCUAUGACCGUCAGAUCUCCAAGCAGGGCAUGUCAGAUCGAGUGGUGGAUGAUCUGAACCCAGUGCUGAACUUUACCCGACGGGAGGUGGAGAACCUGCUGCAUUUUGUGGAAGAGGAGUCUGACCCUGGUCAGCUCUCCCUCAAUCCAAGCAAGAUGAAGGAGUCUGUUCUACAAUUAGCCUGUCUCAAGUAUCCUCAUCUCAUCACCAAGGAGCCUUUUCAGCACGAGUCACUGCUGAUCGACCGGAAGGAGCACAAGCUGACCAAGGCAGAGAAGAAAGCAGCCAAGAAGAGCUAUGAGGAGGAAAAGCGAGCAUCCGUCCCCUACACCCGGCCAUCCUACGCACAGUAUUACCCAGCCAGUGACCAGAGCCUGACAAGCAUCCCUGCCUUUAGCCAGAGGAACUGGCGACCAGCCCUCAAGGGGGAAGACAAGCCGGUGGCAAGCGUCCGCCCAGUUCAAUCCACCCCCAUUCCUAUGAUGCCCCGGCACGUCCCCAUGGGCAGUGCAGGAUCAACCUCAAGUUCCAACUCUGCUGUCAACUUCCCCAUCAACUAUCUACAGCGAGCUGGUGUCUUUGUGCAGAAGAUAGUCACCACCACAGAUAUUGUGAUUCCAGGUACAAACACAUCCACUGAUGUACAGGCAAGAAUCAGUGCUGGUGAGAGCAUCCACAUCAUCCGAGGGACAAAAGGGACCUAUAUCCGGACCAGCGACGGGCGCAUUUUUGCUAUCCGGACCACUGGGAAGCCAAAGGGCAAUGAAGACCGCCGGACAGCUGCCUCAGGCUCCCAGAGCUCCUCGAUGGAGUCCACGAGCAAUGGCAGACACAGUGCCUCAUCACCGCAGCUCCCCAGCGCGGAGGAGCUCACUCGGCCCAUAUCUCCUGACAGCCCCGAGAUCAUCAGCGAGCUGCAGCAGUACGCGGAGGCAGCGGCUGCCCGGGAGUCCCGGCACAGCUCUCCCAGCACCAACGCAGCGCAAAGCCAUCCUGCUCACACGGACAACACGCCUGGUUUAGCAGCCCGAGGAGCUGAGCAGCGCGUGGGGAUUCACUGUAUGGCUCCCUCUGUGUCUUCAGCCCUGCCGGCCACCAGCCAGCACGUUGAUGCCCACUCCGUACUGGACUUACGGGGCAACAAGCGCAAGUCGACCUCACCGUCGGCUCCGGAGGAGCAAGCCCGCAGGCAGCAGAAGAAGCGCCAGUUGCCAUCAUCUGUGCAGCCGUACGAACGCGGGUACCCUGUCUCUGGAGUUGAAAACCGAGGGGUUCUGAGCAAACUGCUGGACAACUUGUCUUUGGAUGCACCAUGGAAAUAAAAAUCAAACCCCCCCACAAAAGUAACAAAGCAAAUUAACUGAUGGUGUUCAUGCAAGUUUCUCCAAAGACUUGACAGUGCUGCGUCUGUGAGUCAUGCCCUCCUGUGCUCUGUGUGUCCGCCUCCCGCACAACCCUGUGACACUGAUCGUAUGACGAGCUUGCCCAGAUGUCUGUUGCGUCCCUGUGAGCCUGUCCGUUUGCCGGUGGGUUUGGGGAACGGACCUAGGCAAGGGCUGUCCUUGUCGAGAGUAGUGAGCACUGGGAGCUGCAGGGGGGCCGGGGCGGGAGCAGCCCCUGCCACAGCCCCGGGACCCUCUCGGAGUGCGGCUUUGCUGGGGCUGCCUGCUGGGGCCAUGAAGAUCCAUCUGGGGCCACCGCGGCUCGGGAUGCAGUACCCUUUUCUGUGACCGCAACCCCUUUUUUGUGCCCUUUGUCUCACCAGGAGAGCACCCGGGGCUUCCAGAGCAGCUCCUGGUGCAUCCCAGUGCUGCUCUGCUGUCCUGGGUGUCCCCGCACAGGACGGUGGCCGCGGAGCGGGAGGCAGCUGGUGCCGGGCUGGCUGUUGGUGUGCUGGCGCCAGGCUGAGGUGUGAGGGUUCUCCGAGCUCCUGCACGGCUGCAGUGGCUCCGAGACCCCUCGCUGCCCUCUCAUAGUGCGAGUGUUACCCACUGCGAGGGGCUUCCUCUUGCUGGCAAACAGCCGCGGGUCCAGGCGGCCGCAGCACUGGGCCCUGGCACAGCGAGCGCCCGAGCCGCCCUCCCCGAGCGCAGUGGGGUGCUGGGGCACCCCCUGCCCAGAGCCACAGUGCCCUGCCGAGGGGCUUCCGGGGGGGGCUGGCAGGGACUGGGCUGCGCUUCCGUGGCACUGUGGGAAGGAUUGCCUUCACCCCACGGAAGCUGUGAGGCAGAUGGGUUACCAUCCAGGGGCUUUCCGAGCGGGAGGACCUCUCAGAUCCCUAAACCCCCCCCGUGGGACUCCCUUUCCCCCUCAUCCGCCCUCCUCAGCACACAGUUCUGCUGCAGAAGGUGCCCUCUUGGUUUUCCUCAGCCUGGAACAGGGCCUUUCCCCGCACGGGUUAAGUCUUUCUUUCGCUGCUGAAUUUGUCUCCCAGUGGCCGGAUGGAAGCAGGUGCCCGUUGGCGGUGGGGCUGCGGGUGACGCUGAGGCCGCCGUGCGGGACUCUCCGAGGAGGGGUUUAGACACGAGGGAAGAUUUGUGAGCGCGCAGAGGCGGGGGCCGCGUGGGGGCCAGCUGCCCUCGGUGGUGCCACCCAGCCCUGCCCUGCCGGCCGAGCUUCCCGCUCCCGGGAGCAGGCGGGCGAGGGCUGGGUGCCCGGCGGGGCGGGAUGCUGUGGGUGCUGGGUGCCCCGGGCUCGGCGCUGGCAUGGCUGGGUG